AUGAACAGCAGCACAGUGACCGAGUUCAUCAUCCUGGGGCUCAGCGCGAGGCCUGAGCUGCGGGGGGUCCUGUUCGUGGUCUUCCUGGGCAUGUACCUGGUGGCCUUUGUCGGCAACACACUCAUCAUGGCGGCCGUCGUGCGCAGCCCCUCCCUGCACACGCCCAUGUACACCCUCCUGCUGGCCCUGGCCGCCGUGGACGUCGUCUGCACCACCAGCAUCGUGCCCAAGAUGCUGGGGGCCAUGCUGCCCUCGGGGCGGGCCAUCUCCUACAGGGGCUGCAUGGCCCAGCUCUUCGUCUUCACCUGGUCCCUGGGCGCCGAGAUGGUGCUCUUCACCACCAUGGCCUACGACCGCUACGUGGCCGUCUGCCACCCACUGCGCUACCGCACCGUCAUGAGCCCCCGCACCUGCGCAGCCCUGCUGGGCGGCGUCCUGACUGUGGCCGUCGCCAACUCCGGGGUGCACACGGGGCUCAUCCUACGGCUGAGCUUCUGCGGCCCCAACGCCGUCGACCACUUCUUCUGCGAGAUCCCGCCCCUGCUGGCCCUGUCCUGCAGCCCCGUGCGGGUCAACGAGGUGAUGGUGUACGUGGCCGACCUCACGCUGGCCGUGGGCGACUUCGCACUCACCUGUGUGUCCUAUGGCUUCAUCGUGGCUGCCGUCCUGCGCAUCCGCUCUGCGGAGGGCAAGAGGAAGGCCUUUUCCACCUGCUCCUCGCACCUGAUGGUGGUGUCCCUCUACUAUGCCCCAGUCAUCUACACCUACAUUCGCCCGGCUUCCAGCUACUCCUUCCAGAGGGACAAGAUCGUGGCCGCCCUCUACACUCUCGUGACACCCACCCUCAACCCCAUCGUGUACAGCUUCCGGAACAAGGAGAUGCAGGCUGGGGUCCGGCGGCUCUUCACGUGCCUGAAACGCUAG